GUACGACAACUGUCUGAACAUAAUGACUGAAAAAACGCUGGUAUUGGAGGGUCUGCCAGACGACAUAGACAAAAUCAGACCCAAGUUGGAUUUGCACUUUAAAAACAAAAGAAAGUCUGGAGGAGAGACAUUACAAAUUCAAGACUAUCCCGGGGACAAGAGGAAGGCUUUGCUCGUUUACCAUGAAGAUGCAGCUCUGCAGAAAGUGUUGGCUAGAAAAUGCCAUAAAAUUGAUUUCAAAAUCCCUUUUGGGGUGGUUGAGCUUCAAGUGAAACUGAAGGAAGAUGGCGGUGAAACAGAAGUGAAGAAAGUUAAACCACCAGUCUUCCCUCGCCCUACAAAAGACAAACUGACUUCUCUAGGAAAGUCUUCACCUAACGUUGAAGAGAAGCCAGUGUCAGAGAGUCUAGCGGAUUCAGUGACGGAUGAUGACAUAAAAUUACUACUUGUCAGAACCACCAAGGAAUGUGAAAAGGAGCUCCUUAACUUGUAUUUUGAGCAGUUUGCUUCAGAAGAAGGAGAGGUCAGCAUUACAAGACAUGGAAAGAAUAGCUGGGUCCUUAAACUGUCCUGUCAGUCAGAUGCAGAGAAAGUCCUUGCCAAGAAGGAGCAUCAGUAUGGCAUUUCUGUGCAGGUGUACAAUGAGACUGCUGUGGAAGGGAAACUGGACAAAAGACGCUUCAUCCUGACUGGGUUCAACGAGACCUGCAAGUGCGACAUUGUCUCUCUAUACAUCGGCAGCUGCAGCCAAGGCACUGAACAUGUCUGGGAGACCCUUGACGAUGGAGAAAGAGUAGUGGUCACCUUCAAACAGGACAUUGACAUAAAGUCCUUCCUUAGGAAAUGCUUGUCAAAGAAGUUCCAGGGCAUGGAGAUUGGGGCUUGCCGUUUAGAGCUGACAGACUCUGUACUUGUCCAGGGGGACAUGAGCCAAAUCAAAGGAGGGGUGGAGGAGGCCCUGAAUCUCUACUUCUCCAGCAGGAGGAGCAAAGGAGGGGCUAUCAGGUCCCAGAUUUGGGUUACAAAGGGCAAGAGCAUGGUCAUCACCUUUGAAGACUGUCAUGGUAGGGCCCUUUUCAAUUACAUUAUGCUCUAG